AUGAGUGUAAAAUUUGGGUCCAAAUGCAUUUCUUCAAGGGUUAUAAGCCUAGUAGAAGGUCCCGCAAUGCCUGGUACAGAAGAUAACGCAGAUGGAUUUCUUAUUGUAUCAGAAUAUCAAGUUAUUCAGCAUAACGAAACUAAAUACAAAAUAAUCAAAGUCAUUGGUCGUGGAAAUUCCGCAUACGCAUUUCAAGCUGAAUCAAGAUUAAUUUCGCAGUCUAUUUUAGAAAGAAAAGUUGUUGUACUAAAAAUAUUUCGCUCAAAUCCUUUGUCUACAACUAUGGCUAAUGAUGAAUACAGAUUUAUUAAUAAUGCGAUACACGGACACUCUGCAGAAGAAACUGUUUCUUUUCCAAAGAUUUAUGAUUUCUUUACUUAUAAAGGCCAUCCGGUCAUCGUAAUGGAACAAUACGGCCCUUCUUUAUACGAUCAUUUCAUGAAUAUUUUCAAAAUGGAAGAAAUAAAAUCGCAAGAUAAUCCAAAUCUUCACGGAAUGGAGAUUCUCCAUGUUCAGUACUUAAUGAGACAACUUGUCAAAGCCUUAUCACUACUGCAUCCUACAGGUUGCAUUCAUGCAGAUAUUAAACCAGAAAAUAUUCUUUUUGACCAUUUACCAAAACGAUUCCAAAACUUCGUUCUAAUAGAUUUCUCGUCUAGUUUCAGUACAGAAUGGAAAUGUACUUACCCAAUUACAACAAGUUUCUACAGACCUCCAGAAGUUUCCUUGUGUUUGCCUUACAAUCAGUCACUAGAUAUAUGGUCACUUGGUUGUGUAGCAUACGAGGCAUUUGUUGGUGCCCCUCUUUUUCCUCAAUUUGAUGACGACAAACUUUUGGCGAAUUUCGAAAAAUCUCUUGGCCCAAUUCCUAAAGAGAUGAUAGAACAGUCGCCAGUCAGAACUAGAUACUUUGAUGGCCUCAAUCUCAAAGUCCAAAUCGAAGAUUCAAUCCAUCAUGAUUAUAUUAGAAUGAUCAGCGAGCUUUAUUAUACAAGAGCUCAGAGUAAAGAGCAAUUCCAGCGUGAGCUUGAGUUGCGCGCUCAACUGGCUGAUUUUGUAUCGAGUUGUUUGAAAUACAGCCCAGCAGAUCGGCCAACUGUACAAGAUCUAUUAAAGCAUCCAUUUAUUGUCGAUGCUUAA